AUGGAGAACAACCUGCUGCCGCUGUUGCUCCGCCUCGCGAAGUUCAUGGAGUGCGAGGACACGCGCUACGACUCCGCGGUGUCGCUCUACCACAUCCUGGGCAACGAGCCCUCCCAGAAGUCGAUAUGCCGCUCGGGAGCCGUCAAGGUGCUCACGGACCUCGCCGCGACGGGCACGCGCGUCCGCGAGGUCUGCUCCGCGGCGCUCCACCAGCUGCCGAACGGCCUGCUCCAGCACAUGGACGGCCAGCUGUUAAGCGUGCUCAUGUCGCUCCUGCAGAUCCACAACGCCGACUUCACGGACCCGGAGUCCUUCGUCCCCGACCGGAGCUUCCAGAGCGACCACGCGUGGGACGUCGCGGGCGCCGACUACGACCCGCCGCGGCGCAAGAUGCAGGCGCAGUGGCCCACGUCCGUCAUCGAGAAGUCCGUGACGGCCUUCGUGCCCGCGCGCCACGCCAUCGACUCCUACCCGGGCGAGCAGGUGAACCCGAGCCGCGCGCGCGGCACGACGGACUUCAUCGGAAGCUAUUCCAAGAUGCGCGCGCCGUGCGCGCAGCAGACGGCCGCGAACCUGCAGCUGUCGCUGCUCGGCGCGCCCCACGAGGAGCAGGUCGUGCGCGAGAAGGAGCCCGAGCAGGCGCCCCUGUCGUCGUUCCUGGAAUUGGCGCCGCCGCCCGUGCCGGCCGUCGCCGCGCGGCCGCCGCCGCCGAAGCGCGCGGACGAGGCCGCGCUGGCCGCGCCCGGCGACGACGCCGCGGCCGUCGCGUCGUCGGAGAAGCACGCGCGCGUCGCCCUGCCGAACAUCCACGCCAAGGGCGCGCACAAGUUCAUGACCGCGGCGGCCGUCGACGCGUCGGACGCGCUCCAGAUGUCGACGAUCCGCGCGGCCUUCCGCCGCGACUUGGACGACGACCCGGCGGCCCGGGGCGCCUCCGCCGCCGACGCGGGGCCGGGCAGCCCGGCCAAGGGCAAGGCCGCGCCCGAGCCCGUCAAGCGGAAGCAGAACCCGCGGAAGUACCUCGUCGCCAAGAAGAUGAAGCAGAAGGACCGCAUCUCCGACGACUACUACGAGCUCCUGCGCCACGUCGCGUAG